AUGGCUAAGAAACUUAUCGUUGUCGUUGGCGCAACCGGGGGUCAAGGUGGCGGCGUGGUCAAUGCCUUCUUAAACGACCCCGAGUAUGGCGUCCGGGGCGUGGCUCGCAAUACACAAAGCGCAAAAGCACAAGCGCUCGUCAAGAAGGGGGUGGAAAUGGUCCAAGCAGACCAAAAAGACGAGGCGAGCCUCACGGAAGCGUUCCAAGGCGCCCUCGCUAUCUUCGCCGUGACAGACCACUACGAUUUCUUCUUCCAGAUCGGCAAAGACGCUUCCAUGGAGCGCGAGUUCACCUAUGGCACGAACUUGGCGAGGGCUGCUUCCAAGAUAGAGACUCUCCAGACGUAUGUUUGGAGUACGCUUCCCCCGACGUCUGUUCUGACCAACAACGAGGCUGUUGUGCCGCACUUUGACGGCAAAGGUCGGGUCAACUUGUACAUCAAGGAACAUCUUCCCAGUCUCUACGAGAAAACGACAUUCACCUUGUUCACAAUUUUUGCCGUCAAUAUGCAUCAGUACCCCAUUUUCCGCCCGGUCUGGGUUGAAAGCGCACAGAAAUGGGUUCAAUUCUACCCUACCGACCCCAAGUCUCCCUACCCAUGUGUCGGAGAUCAUGCCACCAACUCAGGUGUCUUCAUCCGGGCAAUCAUGCAGAGACCUCCGGCCGGUGGUACAUACGUGAGAUGCAACGUUGAAGAUCUCAAACUCGAGUCCUAUCUCGCUCUCUGGGGCCGCACCAGUGGUAUUUCCCCCGCCGUAAGAUCCACGAAGGCUGUGCAGCUCAGUGUCCAAGAUUACGUCGCACUUUGGGGCGCCAUGGGUGAAGAACAGGCAAGCCAGUGGGUUUUCUUCGAAUACAUAGCUCGGAAGAAAGCUGCGGGCUUGUGGGAUGAGGCAGCCUUGGGAAUCAACAUGGUUGAAGGUUGGGAUCUACUGAACGAUGCAGAGAAGAUGAAUAUCAAGAGCGUCGAGGAUUCGAUCAAGGAGUUGGACUGA